GCCUGUGGUGUCGCUAAUUGAUGCAUUUACGAAAUGAGUCUGAAUAUUAGGCUGAAAUAAAUCCAGCUUUGUUACCGUGUCAGUUGAAUCAUAUCAGGUUUGCUCAGGUUUGUGAGUCGGAGGCCUUAGCAGCUAAUGCUAGCCCCAUCAAAACAGCAGCGCAGCUACUUCCUCACCGAUGACCAACGGAGCAAGAUCACAUGGUUCCUGCACGCAGCUGUGGAAACCGAAAUCAGAGGGAGGGAUGAGUCUCUCCCCUGUUAUUGGCACAGAAGUGCCAGAAACAGCUAAUGGGGUGGCGACGCCCGUCUCCCUGGAGAACGGCCCUCAUGCGCCGGUCUCGGUAAAACACGGCGGGAGCAGGUUACCGGAUGACAGAGCGGAAUCGAUGGACGGGAGAACAGAGAACCACGUUGACACAGCAAACAGACUGAACGCUGCAGAAAACAACUUAGACACUGAGACAGAUCUUCACGAGAGAACAUCUAGCUUAUCAUUACACGGUUCCCAGGUGGUAGACCUCUCUUUUCAUGAUGACGCAGAAACGGGAAACUCCGAAUUCAAAGACACAGACAUUCCUGAGGGAUCGAAGGCCGAGGAUCUGGUUCUCAUGUGGGAUUCAGCACCGCAUGCAGAGCCCACAGACGUAUGUCGGCAGGGAGGCCCUGACAUUGCAGAAAGACACCCGAAAGAGGCUGAGAGUGAAGAGAGAAGGCUCGACAGAAGAGAGGAAGAUGAGGACGGAGAGAAAGAGAAACAGGAUAUGGAGACGGACGAGAAGAACGAGAACAGGUGGAGGAACACUGGAGGAAGAGCAAAGAAGGAGCCCUCGCAACACUACUCCUCUUCAGCCCCCGGUCCCAGUACCACCUCCUCCUCUUCUACUCCUCAACCUGCUCUUCUCACCUCAGACGACACUCCAUGCCCUCCCCACGUCAUGGCCCAGGUUUGGGUUCGGAACAACCGGGGGAUGCAGGACAGCAAGAGCCUGGAUGAAAUCAGCCAAGCCUGCGGAGGUGGUCCAGGAGCCAGAGGAGGUGGCAGAAGCGGGCAGUCAGAGGGCCGAAGGGCCACCAUCUCCUCGGCUCUGGAGCUGGAGGGGACGGUCAGCCAUGAAGGAGACCUCACCAACUUCAUCACAAAGAACCUGGAGCAGAAGAUCAAAAUGAGCUCCAAGCCCAGCCUGGACUGCAGUGAUUCUGACUGCUCGGGUCCAAUCUACCGAAGCCGAGGGUUGUCACGGAGACCAGCGGACAUCCCGCCGAUUGACCCCACAGUUCUGUUGGACCUCCAGAGACACACCCAGGAGGUGGCCCACAGCGUGGAGAUGAUGAUGAAGAGCCUCAACGGGACCAUCCAGAAUAUGACGGCUCUGAGCGUUGGCUACAUCCAGACCUACAGAGACUCUGUGGACAGCCUGGGAGAGUCUGUAGACAUGAGCAUAAAGGGCAUGUACACACUAAUGGCUCGUUGCGAGGAGCUGGAUCGCUCCAUGCAGCCCAUCCACACGCUGGCGGCUCAGAUCCGUGACAUCAAACGCACCCUGGAUGCUCUAGAAGCGAUCUGCAAGUAAUCCCCCCCGCCUCCCCUUCCUGCCAGAUUUGAACACAGCUCCAACCUGCAAAGAUCCAACCUAAAGCUCAUCCAAAAGAAACAAACAAACAAAAAAAAGGAUGCCGGCAAGCAAACGCAGCCCUUUCGCAGGUAGCACACACACACUGCAGCGAAGAUCAAGUUCACCUCAGGAGUCUGGAACCUGCCGCUGCCCGGCAUGCUGAAUGAUCUCCACUCAUAGCUCUUCUGUGUGCCGUUUGAAGAUAACCUGUUUUCGUGUUGUGGGAUCUAAAAAGAAAUGCAUCGACUUUUGAGGAUGAGCUGUUUUUUUUGUUUGUUUUUUUUUUCUUCUUCUUCUUGUCAAAAUUUCAAGAAGAAAAUCCCACCAAAUUAACUCUUUCGCCCCGGAUACUUAGUAGGUCACACCCAUGCACAAACACAAACCUCGCAGCAGGCGGGCUACACGCAUUCGUUGUUCCUCCUUACAGUCUGAGGAGUGUGAUACUUUUAUCCGUCCAGCCUGCCUGGUUCAGAUUGCACUAACCUCUCCUCCGCAGACGGGGGCGAUAUUUCUGUCUCUGGAGAGGCAAGAAUAAACUGCUCGGAAGACGGUGACAUUUGCACUGGAACAGAAAGUCUAUUUUUUAAUCUUAUGCAACAAGCAGGUUCCUUCACUGUGUGUGUCUGUAUGUUUUUAUUUAUUCAGUCUGCUCAGCAUGCGUGCUUGUUCAGGAAAAAAAAAAAAAAAAAGAACAAAAAAAAAACACAACAACAUUGCGUCUGUGUGUCGCGGGGAGCCAGUUCACGAUAAUGUCUGCUGUCUCAUGGGCUCCGAUCUGUACCGAGAGUCUUUCACUUUAUCCACUCCGAUUCUCUCCCAUCACCUGAAAAGGAGGAGUCAAAUCACAGGUCUGCUUCGUUAAUAGCAAGCCAGAAUCUGCCACGAAUCUCCGUCUCCUCUUCUGCGGCGGCGUAAAACGAAGAGACGAAGUGAGGAACAUAACCGGGGAGAGUAAUCUUAAGUGAUCCUAAAACUGUCUUUGAAUGUUGUCCAAAUAAUAAAAUAUUAAAAAGUACCAGAUAUUUUACUCGAUUUGACGUCUAGAUGUCAUCGCCCGACAGGCUAGAUAUCAUUUUUUAUGCUCCAACUUGAUUGAAUUUUGAAGUCGAUAAUAUUUUUGUUGCUUCAGAGCUUCUCAUGGGAAUAUAAAUUUCACUGCAGCUUCAGUUCUUCUCUUUUUUUUUUUUUUUUUCUCCAAACAGCCUGUCACACAUGGUGUUAAAUUAUGGUUUUGAAGUUCAUUCUUAACAAGACCAGUUCUGGGUUCAGUUCCCUGCGAGUUAAAACUGAACCGUUCAUGUUCGUAAUUCAUCACUUAAACCUUUUGAACUAAAUUUAUAACAUGAAAUGAAUGCUUCAGAUUCAAAUGACAUACAAUGAUAUAUGUAGUUACUUUUUCCCCCCAUACACUGUAUAAAAAUGUCAGUUUUAGAUUUGUAAGGAUUAUAAAAAUUAAUUUCUACUCACUAGAAGCCAGAAUAAUGACAGGCAGCUCUUUGGGAGGCUUUUGUUAAUUUUCUCAGCAGUCGAGGAUCCAGAACCUCUACAGGAAGCAAACGGUCUGAUCUUUACCAGGCUGGGCUUUUGUUGAACUUUUUAGCAUUUGAUCGAAUUGCCUUUUAGUUCUUAUGACUUGGGUCAACCUUCUUUUAACAAGCUUCUCAGAACUGGUGUGAGUCGGGUUUGUAGGUCAUCUCGUUCACGAACCCCUUUUCAGUUCUGCCACAAAUUUCUUCUACGAGACUCGAGUUAAACCUUGAUUUUAAAUCACACAACAUGUCUCCAGAAGUUGAGGACUUUGUCUCUGAGUGCGAAUAGCAACUAAUAUGGCUUUUAAUGUUGUUCUUCCUCUCUGUGCGGUUUUUCAGCCAAUGUUGGUGCUCUUACCUGCAUUUUCAGCAGACGUUGAGCUUUUGUUCAGUGGUUUAUCAAAACAUUUUCAACUCCGAGACGAAAAACCCAUUUUGUUCCUGAACAUUGUGCUGUCUGGACAUUCCUAUAUGUUCUUGCAUGUAGUAGUUUGAACAGAUGAAUGUGAUGCCCAAAGAUGGAAUCAGCAACUUACAAAGUCAUGACAUCAUCAUAAUUUGGGCUUUCUCGAAUCCUUAAGUCGUAGUAAUCUUAGUGCACGUAAACUUGUGAUUUCAUUCUGGAAUUUAGCAAAAGGAUCAUUUCUGACAGUGAGGGAGGGGGGAAACGUUGUUUUAUACAGUGUAUGCAAAAGGUUUGAUUCAACUAUGUCAUUGUGUGUCAUUUGGCUUGUGCCGUCUUUCUUUUAUCUUUGUAAUUCUCUCCUGUUCUCUCUGCUCACAUAAACUGUAUUCCAGUAUUGACCAGUUCCCAAUAAAGCUGCUUCAAUGUUUCCCUGCUUUAGUUUCAGUAAGCAAAAUGUUUGAGAUUUUGAUUUUAAAAGAAAUGCUCAUUAGAAAUAUAUAUUUUAAAACUUUAAAGUUCUAUAAGGUUGGUGUUCCUCUGUGAGAAAAUUUGUGUUCCUUUUAAACAUGCCAGCUGCCAAUAUUGUCCACAUAAACAAACGACAGACGGCAAAGUCAGAAUGUGUCCAUCUGAGAGGACAGGCGUAUAUGUUGUCAAUAAAGACAAGCAGUUUCUGUGGUAACGGUCUGAACGCAUGCACACACAACAGUCGUCUAGCUCGUGGCUUUUUGGGCAAAUGCUGCGACACUUCCUGCAAAAAAAAAAAAAAAAA